AUGAUUUUCUCCACUCUCGAUGCCUCCUUAUUCUUCAAUGGCUCUGAGGCAGAGCAAAACCAGUUUGUCAGAGACCUGAUGGACGGCUUUGAUAAGCAUGGUUUAGUCAAACUUCGCAAUCAUGGUGUUUCCGCACAGUCUCUCAUCAACACAUUCGAUGUUAGUCGUCAGUUCUUUAAUCUCCCACCGGGGGUCAAGAUGAGCGUUCACCAUAAAGGAGGGGCAUCGCCAGCCCGUGGCUAUAGCCCGUGGAGCAACGAAAAGACACACAAACUCAGAUCCUCUGUUGAGAUCCCAGAUGCAAUUGACGCAAGGGAACAAUUUGAAAUGGGCUCUCCCACCGACCAUAUCUUUCCUACCCCUUGGCUGCCUAAAUCCACAAUCCCAACCUUACGUCCCACCCUCGAAUCCUUCUACAAAGAACUGGGCUCCACCUGCCAUGGCCUUGUGACUGCCAUUGAGCUCGGCCUGCACCUCCCGGCGGGUGCCCUCACCGUGCGCUGCCGGCCGGAAAGCAGCGAGCUGCGCCUGAAUCACUACCCUUCCAUGCCCGUUGCUCAACUCGCGGACGACACCAUCACCCGCCGGAUCUGGCCACAUACUGACACGGGGAUUUUCAGCAUCUUGUUCCAUGACGGUGCGGAUGGGCUAAUGCUCGAGGAUCGACAGAAUGCAGGGCAAUGGUUGAAGGUCGAGAGCGAGGAUGUGACGGAGAUGGUGGUGAUUGUAGCCAAUACGCUGGAGAGGUGGACGAACGGGUUGCUGAGAGCAGGGGUGCAUUAUGUCGCUGCGCCGUGGACAAGUAGUGACGUUGCAGAGGAUGGAGCUACUGGGGGCGUGGCGCCGGAGAGGUUCUCGACCGUAUUGUUUCACCGGCCGAGUGCGAGCAUAUCGGUCGGGCCACUGCCUGAAUUUGUCAGUCCGGAACGGCCAGCGCAGUUUGAGGACAUGACUGCAUUGGACUACCUCAAGGCCGAAAACGGCAGAAUCUUCUAUUAA